UACAAAUACAAAGACCAUUGUCCGAUUCUUUCCCUUAUUCCACAAAAAUCCCUUUCCCUUUUUUCCCCUUUAAAUCAAAACAAACCAACCUUGGAGCAAAACAAAAGCAACCAUGAAGCACAAAAACAAAGGUAAAGUUUACCCCUCCCCUUCUCCGCCGUCGCCGUCUCCAUCGCCUCUGCCGUCUUCGUCUGGCGAAGACUAUCUUUCGAUUCUGAAGCUUCUCCCAGCCGCCAUUUUAGCUCUAGCUUCACUCCUUUCCGUCGAAGACAAAGAAGUUUUAGCUUACAUGAUAACCAGGUCCCUCAAAACGACCACCACCGUCGCCGCUGGCGCCGUCUCCGCCUCCGCCUCCAACAACCCUUCUUUGACCUCUCAAGAUUUCCCCUCUUCUAAGAAAGCAUCUCCCAAGAAGCCGCCACCGCCAACCGUCUCCAAACUGACCCAAAACCGUGGCGCUUCCACCCACAAACCACCUGUUUUCGACUGCGAUUGUUUCGACUGCUACACGAGCUACUGGUUUCGUUGGGAUUCUUCCCCUAACCUUGAGCUUAUCCAUCAAAUUAUUGAAGCUUUCGAAGAUCAUUUAACCAAAGGGGAAUCCCAGAAGCCUUCCAAGAAAAACGCCCGCCCCAAACGAAGGGACUGUAACAGCAGAACCGCUACACCGGCAUCCGGUAGCCCGGUUCAGCCCGACAACGAGGUUUCCGGCUUGGAGAAUCCUACCAUGGAAGCAACCCUUUUUUCUGAUGACGUCAUUUCAAUGGAGAAAGAAGAGGUAGAUGGAGUGGAAGAAGUGACGGAAGUAGCAAAGGAUGCUGACGGGGAAGUGCGGGCGGCGGCAACAGCGACGGCGACGAGUAACCACAAAGGUUUGGCUAGGAAAAUGUUGCCGGACGUAUUAGAAUUAUUUAAUUCUCGUUUAUGGCGUCUUUGGAAUCCAAAUGUAUAAAUAUUUUUGGGGGAACUUUUCGAGACCUUAAAAUUCAGAAAUUUUUAUUUAUUUAUUAUUAUUUAAUUCUUGUUUUAA